AUGUCCACCCAAGGUCUCUCCCGCGCCUUUGCGCGCUCCACCCCCAGAAUCUCCACGAUCUCAAGGGUUCCCCGCCAAUUGCGACUCCACAGCACUUACACGACGGCUUCCACAACCGUUCUCCCAACCUCAAUCUCAACACCACGUCGCCAAACAUCACCACAAACCCAAGGCCCCAUCGCCGGCUUCCAACAACGCCGCCAUGCCUCCCACAACAAACAUCCCGCGGGCUUCACCCCCCCUUCCCCCUCCGAUCUGACCGAGCUCCGUGAGCGCGUCCAAGAAUUCGUCCGCCGCUCGCUGCCCGAGACCCUCGCCUCCGAAACCGACAAAUCCAACGCCUUCCCCGCGCACAUGUGGCGCGCCCUCGGCGACGCCGGUCUCCUGGGCAUCACAGCCGACGAGGCCUACGGCGGAUUAUCCAUGGGCUACCAAGCGCACUGCAUCGUCAUGGAAGAGCUGUCUCGGGCCUCGGGGUCGAUUGCCCUUUCGUAUGCCGCGCAUUCACAGUUGUGCGUUAACCAGUUGAGUUUGAACGGUAACGCCGAACAAAAGGAGAAGUACCUCCCUGGCUUGAUUAGCGGGGAAAAGGUCGGUGCGUUGGCCAUGAGCGAGAGUGGAAGUGGAAGUGAUGUCGUCUCGAUGAGGACUACGGCGAAGAAGGUCGAGGGUGGGUAUAAGUUGAAUGGAAGCAAGAUGUGGAUCACCAACGGUCCGGACGCGGACGUUAUCGUGGUGUAUGCCAAGACGGAGCCGGAGGCUGGAAGCAAGGGGAUCACGGCUUUCAUUGUUGAGACCAAGGAUCUGGAGACGGGCAAGAAGGCGGAUGGGUUCGAGUGUCUGCGGAAGCUGGACAAGAUGGGCAUGCGCGGCUCCAACACGGGCGAGCUGGUGUUUGAGAACGUGUUUGUGCCCGAGGAGAAUGUUUUGGGUAAAGUAAAUGGUGGCGUGAGGGUGUUGAUGGAGGGCUUGGACCUGGAGAGGCUGGUUCUGAGCGCGGGACCGCUGGGUCUGAUGCAAGCGGCGCUGGACGUGGCCUUGCCCUAUGCGCACUCGCGCAAGCAGUUCGGCACCCCGAUUGCCCAGUUCCAGCUGUUGCAGGGCAAGUUGGCGGAUAUGUACACAAAGUUGCAGGCGUCGAGGGCGUACACGUAUACCACGGCCAAGACGGUGGAUGAGCAGGGCAUCAUCAAGACGCAGGACUGCGCUGGUGCUAUCCUGUACGCGGCGGAGAGGGCGACCGAGGUUGCUCUGGAUGCUAUUCAGAUCUUGGGUGGUAUGGGCUACAUGGAGGAGAUGCCGGUGUCGAGGAUCAUGAGGGACGCCAAGUUGUAUGAGAUUGGUGCCGGCACUUCGGAGGUGAGGAGGAUGGUCAUUGGAAGGGCUUUCAACAAGGAGUAUGCCCAUUUGGCUAAGAACUAG